AUGGAGCUGCCUUCUUGUCCUGGAUUCCAGUUUAACCCUAGCGAUGAUCUGCUGCUGACCUUCUUCCUCCCCAAGAAGAUCGCCGGAGGACGAGAUGCGCUCGGGAUCCCAAGUUAUGCUAUCUGCGAUUUCGAUUUUUUAGAGUUCAAGAACUCGAGUAGAGUCUCCUAUCAAAUUUCCGUUCUUUUUGUUUUCGUGAUGUUACACCCCAAAUUACCUUCCCAAUUACUCUACUACCCAACAAGUUCCAUGGUGUUUUGUUCUGAUGAUCCUUCUCUGCUCUCUUACGUUGAAAUGCUUAAUUUGAUUCUUGUCACUAGUAAUAUUUGCCCUGAUGCUGGUUCAAGGGAUUUUCGAUACCUAAACGAUAAGAAAGACAUGCAUUUCUUCUCUCCGAGGCACGCAAUCAGCAGCAGAAAAGGUACAGCAAAAAAUGUUAAGCGUACUGCUGGUUGUGGUUUCUGGAACGGAAAAGGCAAAGAGCAAGAUGUCUUUUGUGGAUCUCGACACGUUGGGUAUAAGACGCCGCUGACUUUUGUCAGUACCGAGGGGGGCAAAAGGAGCAAUACUAACUGGAUCAUGCACGAAUUUCAUCUCAAGCUUGCUGAGAACAGCAACAAGUUCGAGAGCAUGGUAAUCUGCAGAAUUCAUAGGAAGAAAACCAAGCAAGACAGAGAAGGAGCAAACUCUGGUGUUGCGGAUAUUAUUGAACAAGAAGAACAAGGAACAGCAUCAGCGGCAACACAUGUAGAAGAAAGGCCUCUAAAGAGGAAGCGGGUGGAGGCUUCAUCAUCCUUACCGCCCUCGUCAUCAUCAUUGCUUGCAUUUCUUCCUUGCAAAGAAGCAGAAGCCUUCGAUCGGUUGAUUUCAACAAUGGAUGAAAAGCGGCAUACUGUUUUCGAACAAGAGGAAGAAGUGGAUGGAAGGCAGGUGACAGAGAUGUUGCUUAAAGAACACGAAGCAAUGACAAAUCAUUUUAAGGCAGCUGCUGAAUCUGGUGCUGCUACUUCUAUUUGUGAACAAGCAGCGACAUAUGUAGAGGACAGACUUCGAAAGAGGAAAUGGGUUGAGGGAUGCAGCAACUUCUGUGAUACUGAGCAAACUUCCACGGUUAACACUGAAGCACCUUCUCAGCCCUCGUCAUCAUCUCCAUACUUGUCAUCAACAUGGGUCUGCGCUCCUGCUUUAGAUUCUUAUGAAGCAUCAUCCUCAUUGAUCGACAUUCUUCCACCACCAUCGCAGGAUCAUUGGACAUGGGAGGAUUUGGAAAUUGACGUUGGUACUGCCUCUUAUUUGGAUGAAUUGAUGGAAUGUUUCAGUGACUCUUGA